GGUUUGAUGCAGUUAGAAAUAAUGUCUUAUAACAUCCUGAUGAGCAGCAUAAGAAUACAACACUUUAGAUUGUAUAGUCUCAACAUACUCAACAACUGACACCUGAGAUUCUUGAGACACGCAUACACAGAUAAAGGAUAAGGAUGACCAUGUAUGCAGUUGUUACCUUGCAAGACUCAGAUGAGGUGAUGGUGGCACCAACAAACUGGUUGAUUGAAGACAAGAAACAAUGUUACUGGCCCCCAUUCAGAUCAAUAGAGAAGUACUUGGAAGCUGUCAGAAACCGUCUUGAGCCUUCAACAGGAGGGAAGCCAUGGGAGAAAUUAGCUAUUCUGUUUCACUCAGAAUAUGACACUUACAAGCAGGCUAAAAAAAAGCAAGCAGCAAUGAGUGAGAAAAAAGAACAACCAGCCAAAACUAAAAAACAAGUCACAGAAACAUCCCCAUUGCCUCCUGUGUUAUCACAAUCUGCUCUGUCAGGAAUUUCCUCUCAUGGCAGUUUGGCCAAAAACAUGGUCAACAAAGGUAUUAAAAGAAAACGUGAACCAGAUGAUUUAAAUGCCAGUACAAAGUUGGAUUCAGAUAUGUUCAUAUUGAAGAUGGUGAAACAGAUCAUGGCAGAAGUUAACACUAGAAUUCAAAACAUUAACAGCACAGUCCAAACAACAACUGAACAAAAAAACAACAUUUUAGAUGCCAUUGCAAAAAUGGACGAUAUGGAUAGAGACAACAAAAGAAAGAAAACCAUUGGUGUUUUUGGAAAGACAGGAGAAGGAAAAAGCUUCCUAUUAAAUACAAUCUUGGGAUUAGACUAUUUACUGCCAUCGGGUAGUUUUGGUGCCUGCACAUCUGUUAUUACUCAGGUGGAAGCCAAUCUCACUGAUUCCAACUACACAGCAGAGAUUGAACUCAUCUCUAAAGAGGAAUGGGAAAAUGAGAUUGCUUCAGAAGAUAGCAGGAACGAAGAAGGAAUCACUGCAGUGUUUGGAGCUGAUGCAGAUAAUAAAACACUGAAGGAACUUAAGGAAGAUGAUAAAUAUGCUGAAAUUGAUAACCUUUUGUCUGCCAUCAACAAAACAAUUUCACACACUGAAUUCUCUGAAUUUAAAGACGAAGUUGCACGUUACAUACAACACAAUGCAUCAAACCCUGGUGGCUGCUACUGGCCACUUGUGAAGAGACUGACUAUCAAGAUUCCAGAUUGUCAUGAACUCCUGGAACACAUUGUGCUUCUUGAUAUUCCUGGGACUGGAGACUGCAACAAGAUAAGAGAUGACCUGUGGAAAACUAAACUGUCAGAGUGCUCUUCUGUGUGGGUUGUAAGUGAUAUCAAUCGAGCAAUCACUGACAGAGACCCCUGGGGGAUAAUACAGCACUGCAUUCAAGAUCUGGGACCAGGAGGAGAGUGCAAAAACAUUAGCUUCAUCUGUACCAGAACUGAUGUCAUUAAUCCAAAUGAAUAUAUAAGAUCUGUACACCUUUCUGGAGACAAAAUUUUGAUCUCAAAAACCGAGUGCAUACUUCAUAGGAACAACCGUGCGAAGACAGUUCUGAAAAAGAAGUUUGAAAUCAUGAAAAAAAAAGGCAGAUUCAUCGCUGAUGUUUUCACUGUCAGCUCCAAGGCAUACUUAGAUAAAAAUUUACAUCUGGAACCGAUUAAAACAGAAAUACCAAAGCUGCAGGAAGUUCUGAAGAAAACUAACAUGAGAAUUAACCGAGAAUUGAUCAGAGAUUAUGUUAAUGAAGCGAAGGGAGUUUUGUCAUUCAUACAAAGCAUCCAGCUAGACACAGAUGAAAAAAUGGUGGAGACAAAAGGUAUAGUCCAUAAAAAUUUGGAGGAGAAUCUAGCAAAGGCACUGAAGGAGUUGGGUUGUGUGUUUGACUCACUUUACAAUAUUAUUAAUCAACGUCUUUCAAAAGGUGUGGAGAAAUCAGUGAAACUGUGUAUUGACACCAAAAAUGCCAUGAUUGCAUCUGCUGCGCCUAACGAUAGGAGGGGAUUCCAUAAAAUCCUUCAAGCAUUGUACAAGAACAAAGGAUGGUAUUGGCCAAAAAACAGGGAUGCCCCCUUGGAUCUGAACAUGUGCUUGGCCAAACACAUGCAUGACAACAUCGAUGAUGAGUUUAAUUUAAUUUUUCCUGUCGAUGAUAGCAAAACAGGAAUGUCAGUGCAAGAAGGGAUUGAUAAGUUCAGUAUCAUCCAAAGUGGCACUGCUUACUUAUCAUCUUCCAUGCUAUACCACAUGGAAAACUUCAUUAAAACAGAGGAAACCAAAGUAAAGACAUUGCUCAAAAGAGAAGUUGUUCAAAAAAAGAAGAAAAUCUACUCAUCAAUCAAAACAACAAUUCAAAAUCAAAUGACUGCUGGCUAUGAACAAGCUGCAAAGUUGAAAGGAAAUAAAGCCAUGAAGAAGAGGGAGAAAAAAAUAACAGAAACAAUUGAACAGUUAAAACACACCAUGUUUAAAGCUGCAAAAAAGGAAGUUCUGAAUCAGUUCAAGGACUUAAAGGAGGAUGUAUGUAAGACCCUUGAAUCUGAGCUGAAAAGAUCAGUGGAAAUCUCACUUUCACAAACCACCAAAACCACCCUUAUGGAUGUCUCCAGAGAGAUUGAAAAGCUGGAGGCAGCUAUCUGGAAGCUAUCUGAUUGAGGUCAUCAUUUGAAGGCAAGGAUAAGAGAAACAGCAUCUCAGCAUUUUUUAAGUUCUUUAGGAUAAAUGUUGUUGUAUUAUAAAGCACACCUAAAGCUUUAUUAUUAUGAUUUAUUUUUAUACAUCCCCAAUUCUUUAAACUGUUGCACCAAACUUUUAACUAAUUGCAUAAGUUGUAUUCCUUAAUAACAGCAUUAGUCUAUACUACAAAAUAAAUACGUUUUUGUAUUAUACAACUAAACAUAUAGGCUAGUAGCAGAAGUAGAAUAUUAAAAUGGAUCUUAUGUUAGUUCUUUUGUAUUGUAACUUUGCUCGUGAUUACGUUUAUUCAGUUAAUACACUGAGAAGCGUGAGGAUUAUUUUGUGUAUACAGUACAUCAUUUCAAGUUGUCUACAAUCACAUUAAUUCGUGUUUUAUCUGAUAUGUUCAUUAGGUCUUGUAAACAAAUAUUAAUGAAUUAUGAACAAGAAAAUAUGUACAGUGCAUAUAGAAAAACGUACACAUUCUAACCCUUAUCAUUAAAGUAAAAAUAUCAUUAAAAAAAUUCUGGAGGAUUAUUGAAAAUCUGUGAAAUGCUGGUUUGGUAAAGUGAUCAUCCCCUAAGAGUAUACCAUUAUAAACUUGCUCAAGUGCAAGCAGUCAACUUACAGAUUAAACACCAGGCUAACAUAUCCAAAAAGACUGAUGGCUGUAAUUAAAGGUGGCUCUACGAUAUAUUAAAUCAAGUGGCUGAUGACUUUUCCAACCAUGUUAUUCUAGUUAUUUUUGUUUUUUAAUUAAUUUGCAGAAUUGUUUUUUUUUUUUUUUCAUUGGUUUGAUGAUUUAAGUCCAAAAUUGUAAAUAAAGCUGGAACAGUUAUUUGGAAUGGGGUUUGAUUUAAGGCUGUAUGACAAAUAAAGUAACUAUUUCAAAUGGGUAUAAUGAUUUUCUGUAGGCACAUGUAACAUUCAUGUAUAUGUUAAAAACUGCGAUUUUUAGCUGUUGAGACCAAAUGCAUUAACUAAUGUCUUUUUUUUUUUUUUUUUUUUAAUUAGGAUAGGACAGUGUAUAUUAAAAGGAAACAAAGUGAGAGAGAGAGAGGUUUAGAAAAGGACCAUAAGCUGGGACUUGGGUGGGUGGGAACGUGGGUCGCCCAGAGUGCAAUGGUGCUAUAUGUUGCUGCCCAUUAGGCUAUUGGCACCAACAUGCAUUAAAUAUUGUUGAAGAAACUGCUUAAAAACAAACUGUGGUAUCUGUGCUUAUGUAUACAGACAGCAUUAUAUGUAUUCAGAAUAACAGUAAGACAAAUCUUACAAU